AAUGUCGUCAUAUGACGUAAUACAUGUGCGCCAACUGUUUAGAGUUUUGCAUGAUUGUAAAGGCAACAAGCUAUAAAACAAGUUAGGUGCUUUGCUGUACGAGUGACACUUAAUUAUGGAUGAAGAAUACUAUAGCGGUGCUGGAGAGUGGGAUGGGCAAGAAGCUAAUGUGGAAGAAGACGGCUACGCGGAUACAGAGGGAGAUGAUAAAGUACAAGAGGAAUGCUUGCAGAAGUUCUCCAGUAGGGACUACAUCAUGGAGCCCACAGUGUUUAACACGCUGAAAACCUAUUUCCAGGCAGGUGGUUCUCCUGAGCACGUUAUUCAACUCCUGUCGGAGAAUUAUUCUGCUGUGGCCCAAACAGUGAACCUGCUGGCUGAGUGGCUCAUUCAGAUGGGUGUGGAGCCAGCUCAGGUGCAGGAACGAGUAGAGAACCAUCUGAAGAGCCUCCUCAUCAAACACUUUGACCCACAAAAAGCUGAUUCUAUUUUCACAGUAGAAGGAGAGACACCAGCAUGGCUAGAGCAGAUGAUUGCUCACACUACGUGGAGAGAUCUCUUUUACAAACUAGCUGAAGCUCAUCCAGACUGCCUGAUGCUCAACUUCACAGUCAAGCUGAUCUCAGAUGCAGGAUACCAAGGGGAGAUCACAAGCGUGUCUACAGCCUGUCAGCAGCUGGAAGUUUUCUCCCGAGUGUUACGUACCUCGCUCUCCACACUGCUUGAUGGGGGAGAACAAAACCUAGAGAAAAACCUACCCGAGUUUGCUAAGAUGGUGUGUCACGGUGAGCACACGUACCUUUUUGCUCAGGCCAUGAUGUCCAUUCUGGCACAGGAGGAGCAGGGCGGAUCGGUUGUGCGUCGCAUUGGGCAAGAAGUGCAGAAGUUUGCCCUUCAGAGUGGUCAUGAUGCAAGUCAGAUAACACUGGCACUAGGGACAGCGGCGGCGUACCCACGUGCCUGUCAGGCACUUGGUGCAAUGCUCUCCAAAGGGGCACUUAAUCCUGCAGAUAUCACAGUUCUUUUCAAGAUGUUCAGCAGCAUGGACCCUCCGCCCGUAGAACUGAUCCGUGUUCCAGCCUUCCUGGAUCUGUUCAUGCAGUCUUUGUUUAAACCUGGAGCCAAGAUAAACCAGGAUCACAAACACAAAUAUAUUCACAUUCUGGCCUAUGCAGCCAGUGUGGUGGAGACGUGGAAGAAGAACAAGCGUGUAAAUAUCAAUAAGGAUGAGCUGAAGUCCACCUCCAAAGCCAUUGAGACUGUUCAUAAUCUGUGCUGUAAUGAGAAUAAAGGAGCUACAGAGCUAGUGGCAGAACUCAGCACUCUGUACCAGUGCAUCAGGUUUCCAGUAGUAGCAAUGGGGGUGUUAAAGUGGGUCGACUGGACUGUGUCAGAACCUCGUUACUUUCAGCUGCAGACAGAUCACACCCCCAUCCAUUUGGCCUUAUUGGAUGAGAUCAGUACAUGCCAUCAACUCCUACACCCGCAGGUGCUGCAGCUGCUUGUCAAACUCUUUGAAACAGAACAUUCCCAACUUGACGUCAUGGAACAGCUGGAGCUGAAGAAGACUUUGCUUGACCGCAUGGUUCACCUAUUAAGUCGAGGCUAUGUUCUGCCUGUUGUCAGCUACAUGCGUAAAUGCCUGGAGAAACUCAAUACAGACAUCUCGCUCAUCAGAUAUUUUGUAACUGAGGUUCUGGACGUGAUCACUCCACCAUACACCUCUGACUUUGUUCAGCUCUUUUUACCAAUCCUGGAGAACGACAGUAUAGCUGGAACCAUCCGCACUGAAGGGGAGCAUGAUCCUGUGACUGAAUUCAUUGCACACUGCAAAUCCAAUUUCAUCAUGAUAAACUGAGACCAGCCAACACUUCUAACCUGCAGAAACUUUGCAGUUGUUUUAAUCCAAGAAGACCAGGAUCGUAAUGUCCAAUCAAGAGGCCAGUGAAAGCUCAAGCAUCAAUAUACGCAGUUUAGAAUAAAAGAGCUAUAUGCAUUCAAUCUCAGCACAGCAAUUACUUUAGUAUGGUCAUCAUUUUCUUUUCAGAUCCUAAUGAAGACUUGUGGAUAGUAGAGCUGAUGUUAAACCAGGUGUUUUAGCCAGGACAUUUGUAAAACACUUAAAUGUAGGUUAUUUUAAAAGUUAGCAUUUUUUUUAUUGAAAUGUGCUUUGUAGCAAGAAUCCAUUGUGACCAUUUUGAUCAUCCCUUUUCUUUUUGUAUGAUAUUUUUCUUUCAGUAAAAAAAAGGAAACUGACAUCCUCUGGUUGCUGUGAAGUGACGAGAUUAUCAUUAGCAAAAAAGCAAAACCCAGACUCAAAAUAAUUCAAAGAUUUAUUUAAGAUGAAGUAAAAGGUGGAAGCUAAAACAUAAUGGGUGUCAAGGGGAAAAAAAACUUGUAUAAACAGUUUAGUGCAUUUUUAUUCAAUUCACUUUUCAGGACCAUGUUGAACAUGCAGUGUUCUAUGGUCAAUAAAUCAAAUGGUUAAAAAAAAAAAAAA